AUGGACAACACAGGCGCAGGGAUCCGCCCGCCGUCGCUCACCCAGCCCCUCGUCUCGCUCGCCAGCAUCUCGACGGAGCACUUUCGGCCCUCCCCUCUCACGCUCGACUGGCUGUACUCGCUUCCAUUGCCGCCAGGAUGUCCCGUCCAACCUUUCCCACAGACGAGCGAGGACUGGGCCCUGGUCGAGCAGUACCGCCUGCUCUGCCAGGGGUUGACGGUCAUGGCGGAGUACGAGCGGGAGCGGGCGAGGCGCCAGCAGCGCGGGGAGGAUCCGGAUGCGCAGCCGUGGGAUCCUAGGACCUCGGACGACCCGGCCGUCGUCUUCGCCGCCGAAUGCCUCUUCAACGGGCCAGACUGGGUCGAGUCGGAGGACCACGCGUCGUCGCCGUCCGAGCACGACGACGCCGCCUACGAGGUGAUCGACUCGCCCUCGCAAGCGGCCGACGCAGCCUUCCUGGGCGUCCUCUCCGCCGUCCAGCAACAACAACAGCGGAACGCCUCUUCCUCGUCCUCGACAUCCUUCACGACCUCGAUCCCCCUCUCCCUCUCGGACUUGACAGCCCUCUCCUCCGCCCUCCCCCUCUCGUCCUCCUCCUCUCAACCGCCUCAAACCCACCUCUCACCCUCCCAAAUCCCCGCAGACGGCAUCCUCUCCGACUCGGCUCUCUCACCCGCCUCCCUCCCAAGCUUGAUGAGCGCCAUCGCCGAGUUGGAGCAGUGCGUCGCGCGAUUGAGUUUGGAGGCGAGCGAGGCGAGGAGGUUGCAGAGGCGGAUGAGGGGGGCCGUGGUCGGUGCUUCGGCGGCGAAUGUGGGGGCGGUGGGUGAUGGAGAAGCAGAGGCGGCGAAGAAGAAGGGCAAGAACAGGAAGAAGAAGAAAAAGGUCGCCCCAGCCCCUCCUCCUCCUCCCCCUCUCCCUCCGGCUGUCCCUGCGCCACCCGCGCCGAAACAGCGCGAAGGAGCAGGAGGAGACGACUCGGAUUUGUUGAACGCGCUGCACUCGGUUUCGAUGCUGGAUCGCAGGGCGGACGAGUACCGCGAGCGAUUGAGGGUUCUCAAGGAACAAAUCCACCACCACGCAGCCAUCGCAGACCGUCUCGCCUCUUCCGCCGCCGUCUCUGCGCCGAAUUCGCCGGCGGGUCAGGGCGCGAACGGGCAUGCGCAUGUGCAUGGGGAUGUAGAUGGAGAGGGAUUUGAGGAGUACGAGGAGGAGGAGGAGGAGGUCGAGGUCGAGGUGGAUUGA